UAAUUAGUUGGAUAUGCGUUUAUAUUUGUCAUGCAAGCAAUGCCCGCCUCUUCAAAUAAUCCAGCUCAAAGAGUGGAAUUAUGAAAAGGCAUUUUUUUAAGGAUGCCAUAAAAUUUAACAUGGUCGCCCUGUAUUAAGCAUUUAUAAUUUCGUUAAAAUAGUAACAGAAAACGCGAUAACUUACUGGACACCUUUGAAGAGUUGAAAGGCAUUUAAGAAAACAGAAGCAAGAAGUGUAAGAAAAAAGAAGGGGGGGGGGUGCGGUGAAGAAAAAGGAGAGGGGGAGAAGAGAAGGCGGUGCUUUCGGUUGCUUGGGACAGAAACAGAAUUGUAAAUAAAUAAAAAAAAACAAACGAGGAAACAGUGUUUAAGAAAAGAAAAAGGAAAGAAACGAAAGCAAUAAAUAUAGAAAUAAAAAGAAAAUAAUAGGACGCGUUGGAGGCGGUUAUUGUCUGGGAACCCGGCAGCCGACUUCGUUUCCUUCAACGGCGCAACGCUAGCUAGCUCGGUCGAAGCGCGUCUGGCUGCUCGCCGCCGCCGAUGACGUCACGCGAAGCAGAGCAAAACCAUGGAAACGCACGGGGAAGCCGUCAGUGCAAGCUCCGUCGUCCGUGCCGACGCCGCUCGACGCUCGGUCCGACCUCCUGCCUCGGCGGCGCAUAGCUAGCGUUGCUCUGCGGUGUCGUCGAGUGGAGUGCGCCGACGUCGGACGCGCACACGCCGCGAAGCCUCGCCCAGCAGUCGCCAGAUUUGAGCCAAGCUUGAUUUUCGACGUAUUCCGGGAACAUUUGACGAUUAAUAUAGCGCACAGUGACGGAAAUUCGACAGCUACGGUUUCUGAAGCUCUUCCAGUGUUAUUACUUCACUACAAGAAAACAUGGGACUGCCUAAGUUCAAGAUCAUGCUCCACAGUCACUUGGAGGGACAUUUGCGGCACACCACCAUCUGGGAGCUGGCUCAGGCAAAGAAUAUCGACCUAGGUUACAGCAGUCUUCAAGACAUCAUCCUGAAAACCCAGCCCGAGCGAGGGAGCACCCUUCAGAACUACCUAAAGGAGAUGCCGAAUUUUCUCAGGGUUGUGGCGGGCGACCGCGUCGCUCUGGAGCGGGUCGCCUUCGAGGUGGGCGAGGACCAGGCGAACCAGGGAGUCAUAUACAGCGAGAUGCGACUCUUCCCCCACCUGAUGGCCUGCCAGCACACGACGCUACAGCUGAGCGCGGGAACCCCCACUGUCCACACGGCCGCCGACGCGGUCCAGGCAGUGCUCGAAGGAUUCCGGCGAGCCGAGAAAGAGCACGGCAUCAUGCUGAGGCUGGUGCUGGCCUGCUUCAGGGACAAACCGGAGUGGGCGGAGGAAGUGGUCAGCCUGUGCCACGAGUACCGCAAGCAAGGCGUCGUCGGAAUGGACGUGUGUGGAGUGUUCGCGCCCAAGAGGACCGAAACGGAGGGAGAGGAGAUCCUGCACCCUGAAGUCAUCAAGGCGUUCCAGAGAGCAGCCACCCUGGGCGUGCACCGGACGGCGCACGCGGGCGAGGCAGGUCCGGCCAGCAAUGUCUCCAGGGCCAUCGAAGAACUGCGCACGGAGCGCAUCGGGCACGGUUACGCCGCUAUGCGCGACGGUGGCGACGCCUUCAAGCUGGCUAUAUCCAAGAACAUCCACUUCGAGGUCUGCCCCAACAGCAGCUACCUCACUGGAGCCGUGAGCCCCGGAGAGAGGCAUCCCAUGCUCUGUCUACGGGACCACUGCGCUAGCUACUCGUUGAACACGGACGACCCAACCAUCACGCACACGAGAAUCUCGGACGAAUACCAACUGGCGCUGAAGCUGGGAUUCCGGCCCGAUGACAUCUUGGAGUCGAACCGGGCCGCCAUUGAGGCAUCCUUUCUUUCGCCGGAGGAGAAGAGGGAGCUGCGGAAGAAGUUCGAACGACUCAACGCCUCGUCGAGCACGAGCUGCUGCUUCUACGACCACAACCCGAAAAAAAGCGUUAAAAACGGCGACGUCUCGCCGAACCAAUUGGCACCUAACAACGCCAUAGUUAGCCACUAAUAUGUGGCGAACGCAACAAAAUGUCUCCCUCAGCGUCUUCUCUGGAAAAACAAAUAAAUAAAUAAUAAGAUGACCGACAUUACUACAGACCAGGGCCGCAGACGUGUGGGGUUUUGAGUCGCUUUUAUUUGUUUGUUUUGAGGGAUGGGAAAUAAUUGACACAGCAUGAAUAAAAUAAACAUGCAUAUUUAUUACAACGAA